AUGGACAGGAGGAGACGAGCUGCGGAGCGAGGAGGCAGCAGGCUCAAAUUCCAGAGACUGAGGGACUCCCAUCCCCCCAUCGCAGGCAGUCCGCUGGAGGCCAUUGCGCCGCCGCCAGAGGCGGAGGAGGAAGGUAUCGAGGCGGCUGCCCACCUGACAGACCUGACCUGCCCAGCCUCAUGGUACCCGGCAGCGCGCAUGAUGCGGCGCAGGAUCAUCGCGCACAUGGGCCCCACCAAUUCUGGCAAAACACACGCUGCACUGUUGGAGCUCAAGGCCGCUGCCUCCGGCGUGUACUGCGGCCCGCUGCGGCUGCUCGCCUGGGAGGUGGCCGAGAAGCUCAACGCAGACAACGUGCCCUGCAACCUCAUCACUGGGCAGGAGCGGCGGACGGUGCCGGGCGCGUCUCACGCGGCAUGCACGGUGGAGAUGGCGAGCGUGACGCGCGGCGUCGAGGUUGCGGUGGUGGACGAGGUGCAGAUGCUGGGGGACGGCAGCCGCGGCCACGCCUUCACGCGCGCGCUGCUGGGACUCCCCGCCGCCACGCUGCACCUCUGCGGCGACGCCGCCGCGCUGCCCCUCCUGCGCCAGCUCGUCGCCGACGCAGGUGACACGCUGGAGGUGCGCACGUACGAGCGGCUGCUGCCGCUAGUGCCGCAGUCGGCCGCGCUGACCAGCCUGAAGAGCGUGCGGCGGGGGGACUGCGUCGUGGCAUUCUCGCGGCGCGACGUGCACGCCAUCAAACGCGUCAUCGACACCCACGGCGCCCACCAGGCCUGCAUCGUCUAUGGCGCCCUCCCUGCCGAAGCCCGCACCCAGCAGGCGACACUGUUCAACGCGCCGCGCACCGGCUUCAAUGUGAUGGCGGCCAGCGACGCUGUCGGCAUGGGCCUCAACCUGAAUAUCAGGCGCGUCAUAUUCAGUUCGAUGGAGAAGUUUGACGGCACCAGCUUCCGGCCGCUCACGCCACCAGAAGUCAAGCAGAUCGCCGGCCGGGCGGGGCGCUUCGGCUCUCGAUACUCCUGCGGCCAGGUCACCUGCCUCAACGACGCUGACAUGGCGUACUUGCAUGCUUGCUUGGGCGCGGAGAACCCGGCGCUGGAGCGUGCAUGCCUCUUCCCACGCUACCAGCAGCUGGCGCUCUUCGCAGAGCAGCACCCGGACCUCAACCUCCCAGAUGCUCUGGAGCAGUUUGCUGAUAGGGCGACAUUGAGCGAUCACUUUUUCUUCAGCGACUACGAGGCAAUGCACAAACUGGCGCUGAUGCUGCGGCACCUGCCGCUGCCGCUGCGCGAUGCGUACACGUUCGCCAUUUCCCCUGCCGACCCGGACGACCCCAUCGUGUCCUCCGCCCUCCUCUCCUUCGCCACCGCCUACUCCCAAAGGGGCACGGUGAGCGCGGCGCUGGCGCAGAGCGUGCCGGUGCGGCCGGCGCGCAACGAGGCGGAGCUGGCGUCGCUGGAGGCGGCGUACGCGGUGCUGGACCUCUACGUCUGGCUGAGCCACCGCCUGGAGGACGGCUUCCCCGGCCGCACAGCCGCCAUGCAGCAGCGCGCGGCCGUCGCCGGGCUCGUCGAGGAGGCGCUCCCGCGCAUCCUGGCCGACCCCGAGGCCAUCUCCAAACGGUGCGCAUCUGACACUGUUGCCUCAUACUUUCAUCAUUGUAAAUUUUUGCUCUGCAGCUUAGCUGUAGACAUACUUGCCUCUGGCAGGAACAACAAUUAA